AUGGCGGGGCCGCGGGGCGCCACGCUGGUGGAGCUGCCCCGCGAACUGCCCCGCGGCCUCCUGCCCCGCCGGGACCUCCGGGGCCGCGGCGCCGACGUGGCCGAGUCGGUGGCGCAGGCGGCGGUCCUGGGGCUGCUGCUCGUCGGCGGCGAGACGCACCACGCGCUGCUGCUGGGCUCCGGCCACGUCGGGCUCAGGAAUCUGGGCAACACGUGCUUCAUGAACGCGGUGCUGCAGUGCCUGAGCAGCACCAAGCCGCUGCGCGACUACUGCCUGCGCAAGGACUUCCUGCAGGAGCAGCCCGCCGGGCCCCGCGCCCCCCAGGAGCUCACCGAGGCCUUCGCCGACGUCAUCGCGGCGCUGUGGCACCCCGAGUCCACCGAGGCCGUCAACCCCGGGCGCUUCAAGGCCGUCUUUCAGAAAUACGUCCCCUCCUUCACCGGCUACAGCCAGCAGGACGCGCAGGAGUUCCUCAAGUUCUUCAUGGACCGGCUGCACGCCGAGAUCAACCGCAAGGGCCGCAGGACGCCCAGCAUCCUCGCGGACACGCGCCGCGCCCCUGCGCCCGAGGACGCCGACACGCUGAGCGACGACGAGCGCGCCAACCUGAUGUGGAAGCGGUACCUGGAGAGGGAGGACAGCAAGAUCGUGGACCUCUUCGUGGGGCAGCUGAAGAGCUGCCUCAAGUGCCAGGCGUGCGGCUACCGCUCCACCACCUUCGAGGUCUUCUGCGACCUCUCCCUGCCCAUCCCCAAGAAGAGCUUCGCGGGCGGGAAGGUUUCGCUGCACGACUGCUUCAGCCUCUUCACCAAGGAGGAGGAGCUGGACUCGGAGAACGCGCCCGUGUGCGACAAGUGCCGGCAGCGGACGCGCAGCACCAAGAAGCUCACCAUCCAGCGCUUCCCCCGCGUCCUGGUGCUGCACCUCAACCGCUUCUCCACCACGCGCUACUCCAUCAAGAAGUGCUCCGUCUUCGUCGACUUCCCCCUGCAGCAGCUCAACCUGCGCGAGUUCGCCAGCGAGAAGGCGGGCAGCCCCGUCUACAGCCUGUACGCGCUCUGCAACCACUCGGGCAGCGUGCACUACGGCCACUACACCGCCUUCUGCCGCGACCCCUCGGGCUGGAGGCUCUACAACGACUCCCGCGUGUCGCCCAUCAGCGAGAACCAGGUGCCGUCCAGCGAGGGCUACGUCCUCUUCUACGAGCUCCACUGA